ACAAAACCAAUUUCGCAAACGCAGCUUAACGGGACGUCAUGCGUGGUCGGCUCCUAAUCGCCAACACUCAUAAAAAUCAACACAUUAAUGCUACUUGAAAAUUCACGUAACUCCAAUUUGCGGCUAGCCAAGCUUGAUAGACCCGUUUUACGUGACACACGUAAAAACAAUGUGAAUGCGUUCUGGAAAAAAAAAUACAUUCACGUUGAAGUUAUGUGAAAAACUUUAUGAUAUUUUUCCACUGGGGUUUUCCGUGUAACUUUCAUGAGCUUUUUCACGUAACUUCAACGAAAUCAUUUUCUUAGUGUCUCAUCUGACAGAUGAAGUUUACGUGAACGAUUUAGUAUGAAAAAUAUGGAGAACGAUGAAGAUCUGCUGAUCUCAUUAGAGUUACAAAAUUUCAUGGACGCUUCGCAGAAAAAACAAUCCGAUCAACAGAGACCGCAACGCUUAAUUAAUCAACAGACCAAGAUCAAAAAUCCGGUCAAUCUGAUCCAGGUUGCCACACCGGAAACUGGUCAAGUGUUUGGCCAUCCGCAGCCGGCGGAUUUAAACCGUGGCCGUCAAAUGCAGCAGAUUAACCAGGACCUGGCACAACAACUGGCCAUUUCCAACAGUUCCCAGUUGGCCAAGGUCGGGAGCUUGGGCAACCUGAUCCAGGUCGCCACACCGGAAACUGGUCAAGUUUUUGGCCAUCAGCAGUCGGACAAUUCCGAACAGUAUCGAGUUAAAGGCGCGACUUUGUCUGAUCUUCGGAAGCAGCGUAGAAGGAUUCAAACCAACAACGAAGAGGUCACCGCGAGCCGGCAACACAGGCCAAUUAGCCUGAACCUGACACAGCAGCUGACCCAGGUCGGGAGUUCGGGCAAUCUGAUCCAGGUUGCCUCGCCGGGAGCUGGUCAGGUGUUUGUCCAUCAGCAGUCGGACGAUUCCGAAGAGAACACCGGACGCCGUCAACUCCGGCCAAGUAACCAGAACCUGAAACAGCAGCUGACCCAGGUCGGAUGCUCGGGCAAUCUGAUCCAGGUUGCCUCGCCGGGAGUUGGUCAGGUGUUUGGCCAUCAGCAGUCGGACGAUUCCGAACAACAACAAAUAAAGGUUGAAUACCAUCACGGUGAGGUCGUCGCGCGCCAUCAACUCCGGCCAAGUGACCAGAACCUGAAACAGCAGCUGACCCAGGUCGGGUGCUCGGGCAAUCUGAUCCAGGUUGCCUCGCCGGGAGCUGGUCAAGUGUUUGGCCAUCAGCAGUCGGACGAUUCCGAAGAGAACACCGGACGCCGUCAACUCCGGCCAAGUGACCAGAACCUGAAACAGCAGCUGGCCCAGGUCGGGAGCUCGGGCAAUCUGAUCCAGGUUGCCUCGCCGGGAGCUGGUCAGGUGUUUGGCCAUCAGCAGUCGGACGAUUCCGAACAACAACAAGUAAAGGUUGAGGUCGUCGCGCGCCAUCAACUCCGGCCAAGUGACCAGAACCUGAAACAGCAGCUGGCCCAGGUCGGGAGCUCGGGCAAUCUGAUCCAGGUUGCCUCGCCGGGAGCUGGUCAAGUGUUUGGCCAUCAGCAGUCGGACGAUUCCGAACAACAACAAAUAAAGGUUGAAUACCAUCACGGUGAGGUCGUCGCGCGCCAUCAACUCCGGCCAAGUGACCAGAACCUGAAACAGCAGCUGACCCAGGUCGGGUGCUCGGGCAAUCUGAUCCAGGUUGCCUCGCCGGGAGCUGGUCAAGUGUUUGGCCAUCAGCAGUCGGACGAUUCCGAAGAGAACACCGGACGCCGUCAACUCCGGCCAAGUGACCAGAACCUGAAACAGCAGCUGGCCCAGGUCGGGAGCUCGGGCAAUCUGAUCCAGGUUGCCUCGCCGGGAGCUGGUCAGGUGUUUGGCCAUCAGCAGUCGGACGAUUCCGAACAACAACAAAUAAAGGUUGAAUACCAUCACGGUGAGGUCGUCGCGCGCCAUCAACUCCGGCCAAGUGACCAGAACCUGGAACAACAAUUGGCCCAGUUCUUGAGGUUGCCUUCGCCGGGAACUGGUCAAGUGUUUGGCCAUCAGCAGUCGGACGAUUCCGAAGAGAACACCGGGCGCCGUCAACUCCUGCCAAGUGACCAGAACCUGAAACAGCAGCUGGCCCAGGUCGGGAGCUCGGGCAAUCUGAUCCAGGUUGCCUCGCCGGGAGCUGGUCAGGUGUUUGGCCAUCAGCAGUCGGACGAUUCCGAACAACAACAAGUAAAGGUUGAGGUCGUCGCGCGCCAUCAACUCCGGCCAAGUGACCAGAACCUGAAACAGCAGCUGGCCCAGGUCGGGAGCUCGGGCAAUCUGAUCCAGGUUGCCUCGCCGGGAGCUGGUCAAGUGUUUGGCCAUCAGCAGUCGGACGAUUCCGAACAACAACAAAUAAAGGUUGAAUACCAUCACGGUGAGGUCGUCGCGCGCCAUCAACUCCGGCCAAGUGACCAGAACCUGAAACAGCAGCUGACCCAGGUCGGGUGCUCGGGCAAUCUGAUCCAGGUUGCCUCGCCGGGAACUGGUCAAGUGUUUGGCCAUCAGCAGUCGGACGAUUCCGAAGAGAACACCGGACGCCGUCAACUCCGGCCAAGUGACCAGAACCUGAAACAGCAGCUGGCCCAGGUCGGGAGCUCGGGCAAUCUGAUCCAGGUUGCCUCGCCGGGAGCUGGUCAGGUGUUUGGCCAUCAGCAGUCGGACGAUUCCGAACAACAACAAGUAAAGGUUGAGGUCGUCGCGCGCCAUCAACUCCGGCCAAGUGACCAGAACCUGAAACAGCAGCUGGCCCAGGUCGGGAGCUCGGGCAAUCUGAUCCAGGUUGCCUCGCCGGGAACUGGUCAAGUGUUUGGCCAUCAGCAGUCGGACGAUUCCGAAGAGAACGCUGGGCUCGAUCAACACCGGGUGAGUCACCAGAACCUGACACAGCAGCUGGCCCAGGUCGGGAGCUCGGGCAAUCUGAUCCAGGUUGCCUCGCCGGGAGCUGGUCAAGUGUUUGGCCAUCAGCAGUCGGACGAUUCCGAAGAGAACGCUGGGCUCGAUCAACACCGGGUGAGUCACCAGAACCUGACACAGCAGCUGGCCCAGGUCGGGAGCUCGGGCAAUCUGAUCCAGGUUGCCUCGCCGGGAACUGGUCAAGUGUUUGGCCAUCAGCAGUCGGACGAUUCCGAAGAGAACGCUGGGCUCGAUCAACACAGGCCGAGUCACCAGAACCUGAAACAGCAGCUGGCCCAGGUCGGGAGCUCGGGCAAUCUGAUCCAGGUUGCCUCGCCGGGAGCUGGUCAGGUGUUUGGCCAUCAGCAGUCGGACGAUUCCGAACAACAACAAGUAAAGGUUGAGGUCGUCGCGCGCCAUCAACUCCGGCCAAGUGACCAGAACCUGAAACAGCAGCUGGCCCAGGUCGGGAGCUCGGGCAAUCUGAUCCAGGUUGCCUCGCCGGGAACUGGUCAAGUGUUUGGCCAUCAGCAGUCGGACGAUUCCGAAGAGAACGCUGGGCUCGAUCAACACCGGGUGAGUCACCAGAACCUGACACAGCAGCUGGCCAUCAUCAACAGUUCCCAAUUGGCUCAGGUCGGGAGCUCGGGCAAUCUCAUCCAGGUGUUUACACCGGGAAUUGCUCAAGCUACAAUCCAGUCUCAGACUGCGGCCACACCGCAGAAUAUAUACUACAUUAUCAACGGCGGAGGGACGGAAGAACCACAAACGUCGGCUAGCCAGCGGUCACCGUUGUUCACUCCUAACCUUUUGAAAACUCUUUUGACCAAAAGCUUGGAAGGGCUAGACAUUUUGGACAAAGCCAAGAUAGGAGAGCUAUCUGAAUCAAGACAAAAUAAACUCGUGAAGAUCAUUGCCGAAUAUCACUGCAAUCAGAAAUCGAAGCUUACCAAAAGUGACCUCGAGCUGUAUACGUUGGCUCUAACCACGCUGCUACCGAACGAAAAAGAGAACACGUACUUCAUUCCUCGUGGCGGGGAUCGCAAGAACCACGGCGGAAAGAUAGCUAAUAAGAUUGGCAACUUGAAGCAAGCUGCGAAGAAGGACCAGGGAAAGGAAAACGCCCUCGCGAACAGCCUAAACGGAAUCUCUGGCGGCGAAAGCGAAGACGAGGAGGACAUCUGUGCGGAAACGAAGUGGCUCCUGGCGAAUUGCGUCCCAUGGACCACGGUUCUAGAUAGGUGGCCAGCCAGUUUCGUGGACCGCAACAGGUACCUUCGAAAUUGUAUACAGGUUCCGAAAUUGCUGAAGGAUUUCCCCCAUUAUCAGGAACCUUGCGGAUAUCAACUGGUCGACCUUGACUUCGAGCGUCUAUUCCCGGACAAAUCCAGCGGUAUUGAUCGAUUAAUUUCGAUCUGCUCAGAGCUUCGCCCGUACAUCAAAAAGAAGGCUGUCGAUCCUUCUAAAAUCAGGUUGCUUCAGCUUCUUGAUAGUGAGGACAACGAUACCAAAGUCUACAGCCUCAUACUGAUUCUCAACACUAUUCUACCACCAAUUACGGCUGGGCGAAAAUAUAAGCCAACUAUACUUGGUGCCCAAGACGAUAGCAUCUUGUUUGCUGCGAACGAAGCUGAGGUCCGCGAGACCGUUGAGUCACUGUACGCGGCGUACACAGCGCAGGGUUUCCCGAAGGUGCCAAAACUCGUGUUCUUAGGAACUGGACCGGAAAAUUUUGCGGGGAAAUUCUUCGUGUGCUGUGAACCGUUACAGUAUGAAGUCAACUCAGCAGCAAGGGCGGUUGAUAUCCUUAUAAAGUUAACCGCAGUUUUCGGUUUUCCUUUUUCGAAACUAUCGCGUCUGGUGUGGCAAUUUCUAAGCUGCACGGUUUACGGAUUGGAGCGGAAAGAUACGUACAGCGCCAUCACUAAGGUCAACCGGUUUCUGCAAACUAAGCAAGAUGAUUCAAUGCAUGAUUGAAU